AUGUCGGAUACUAGGCAUCUAUCAACCGAAGCGGAUGAGAGAAUCGAAAAUAGAAGCUGUGAUUUACCCGACGAUAUGCUCUUACGGAUCUUCUACUUCGUCCCGACAAAAGUCGCAGCCGCCACUGCAGUCUUGUCUAAACGAUGGCGUCAUAUCUGGACGAUGAUGCCUCAAAUCUCCUUCAAAGACGAAGGCAGCGAGAGCCUUGAGCAGGCAUUGCAACUUCACAAGGCACCGAAACUAGAGUGCUUGCUUUUCAUACUUUGUUCGGUUCAUGUGGAUGUCCGGAAGUUCGUUGAGAACGCAGUUAAACGCGGUGUAGAAGUGGUAGAAUUCGAGUACAACUUGAUCGGAGUGCCAACAAGGCUUCCUAAGAUUCUUUACACAUGCGACACGCUCGUUGAUUUAACUCUGUCCAACCAGAUUCUAGUGGAUGUUUCUUCCCAGGCUCGCCUACCAUCUCUCUUGUAUCUGAUGCUUAUGAACGUGGUGUACAAAGACGAAGACUCUCUUGUUAGCCUUUUAUCAAGUUCCCCUGUUCUUGAGUAUAUCAAGGUGUUCAGACGCAAAAACGACAUGUUGAAAAAUUUUACCGUGAAAGUGCCUUCCUUGAAAAGAUUGUACUACUGGACUCCUCUUGAGCGGGAUCAUCAUCAUGAUCCCACUGGGUGGUUGGUAAUAGAUUCCCCUGCAAUAACAAAUAUGGAAUUAUAUGAUGUUUGGGGAAACUACUGCUUGUUAGAGAAUAUGCAUUGCCUUGAUGAGGCAUACAUAGGCAAUGUUCCUAACCCCGAUGGCAAGCUUCUGACAUGUCUUUCUUCUGCCAGACGUCUGCUCUUGCAUUUGACCGAGCCAAUGGUUCAUUGUUGUAGCGCUACUAACUUCUCUCGGCUCAUAGAGUUGCAUUUCCUUACAGCAACUUCAGUUGAUUGGUUGGAACCCCUUAUGUUUUUGCUUCAAAACUCUCCCAAACUAAAGACUCUUUUCAUCAACACGAAGUGGGCGGGGACUCUCACACCAUCCUGGAACCAGCCCAAUUCAAUUCCCGAAUGCUUGUCGUCUCACCUAGAGAUAUUUGGGUGGAGAGACUGUGUAGCAACAGAAGAUGAGAAACAACUAUUGGCAUACAUUCUCGCCAACUCAAAAUGCUUGAAGGCAGUGGAGAUCUCCCUCUUUGCAACAAAAUUAACCUCCUGCAAUCUUGAAGAGACACAAAAGGAGAUAGAAUCUAUGCCUAGGAUUUCAACAUCAUCUCAGCUUCGAUUCCCCACUCAACUGAAUUGGAAUUUUAGAGUUUACUAG